AUGCCAUACACAUGCUCUCUAUGUUGCAGAAUAACAAAAAUCUAUAGACAUCUACUCACAAUAAUAGCUAGUGUUGAUGCUGAAGAAAAACUAAAACAAGGAUAUGAAGAUAUACAUGGUGUUUCUUUAUCAAGAAUAAUAUUAAAUGAAAAAGUACACAGAGAAUGUUAUGCAAAAUGCCAUCAUUCAACGGAUACUUUAUGUUUGAACACGUCUUCAUUUUCAACAAACACAACUGAAAAGCUACUGCUACUAUGUUCAUCAUCAUCACCACAAGCACGACGAGAAACUAUUGAUUUAAUAUCACACGAUAACAAUAGAUAUUCUGAACUUUUAGAAAGUACAACACCGUGUAGUGGUGCUGAUGCUGCGGAUUUAGAAGAAAAUUCUGUCAUUGCAGCUGAUAUUAUUGAUCCUACAUCUUCACCAACAGCUAAAUCACCAUUCGUUCGGCAAAGUCGUCAAGAAAAAUCAGCUGGAACAAAAACGCAAUCAUCAACUGUAAAUAUAGAAAUCGAUUUUCAUGAAUUCAUUGAAAUCACUGAUGGAGAUGAAUUAUCACCAACAUCGUUUGAAGAUCUUGAUCCAAGGCUACAUAAUAACAAUACAGUUUUAACAUUUUCUUAUGUAAGCUAA